CUCUCCUGAAGUACCUUGGCGGCAUUUGCCUUGCCUGCGAGUUUCUAUGGAUUUAAUUUUCUUCCCCUUCGCAGCUGGGAGAAGAGUCUUCUUCAAUUACCCAAGUUAAACCUGACCAUGAAGGUAGGAGUGAUUGAGACCCAUCACUCCCAUACAAUUGUUCCCACUGUGGUAGUGCAUGACACCAGUAAGGACCUUGGACCAAUGAACAAAGGGGAAAACAGGCAACAAUAUCUACCUGGAGUAUUUGCACGCUACAAUAUUAACAAUAAUAGUAAUAAAGAUAAAGAGGAGAAGAAAAGGAAAAAAGAAAAGAAGAGCAAGCCAGAAAAAAAAAAGGAUGGAGAAACACAAAAGAACAAAGAAAAAAAGGAGAAAAAUAAAGAUAAAGAUAAGUUGAAGAAGAAAGAAAAUAUAGAAGUGAAGAAAAAAGAUAUUUUCACCAUUGAUCCAGCAGGAAAUAUAUAUUACAACUGGUUGUUUUGCAUCACAAUGCCUGUCAUGUACAACUGGACCAUGAUUAUAGCAAGAGCCUGUUUUGAUGAGCUUCAGCACGAUUACUUAGUGGCAUGGUUUAUUAUUGAUUAUGUUUCUGAUGCCAUUUAUGUAGCUGAUAUGUUUGUACGGACAAGGACAGGUUACCUGGAACAAGGUCUUCUGGUGAAAGAAGAACACAAGCUACGAGAGAAAUACAAGAAAUCUUUUCAAUUCAAGCUAGAUUUUCUGUCAAUCAUACCAACUGAUCUCUUAUACUUUAAGUUAGGAUUGAAUUACCCAGAAUUAAGAAUAAACAGACUACUCAGAGUAGCUCGGAUGUUUGAAUUCUUCCAGAGAACAGAAACAAGAACAAACUACCCAAAUAUCUUCAGGAUCUCUAACCUUGUCAUGUACAUCGUGAUUAUUAUUCACUGGAAUGCCUGUGUGUACUACUCUAUCUCAAAAGCCAUUGGAUUUGGGGCUGACACAUGGGUCUACCCCAACACCUCAGAUCCUGAAUUUGCACGCCUAACUAGAAAAUAUGUCUACAGUCUCUACUGGUCAACACUGACCCUGACUACUAUCGGUGAAACCCCGCCUCCUGUAAGAGAUUCUGAGUAUUUCUUUGUGGUCAUUGAUUUCUUGGUUGGAGUACUGAUCUUUGCUACCAUUGUUGGUAACGUGGGCUCAAUGAUCUCCAACAUGAAUGCUGCCAGGGCAGAGUUUCAAGCGAGGAUUGAUGCUAUCAAGCAGUAUAUGCACUUUCGGAAUGUGAGUAAGGACAUGGAAAAAAGAGUUAUAAAGUGGUUUGACUAUCUGUGGACAAACAAAAAGGCUGUGGAUGAAAGAGAAGUCUUGAAGUAUCUGCCAGAUAAACUAAGAGCAGAGAUUGCAAUCAAUGUUCACCUGGAAACGCUGAAAAAAGUUCGGAUUUUUGCGGACUGUGAAGCUGGUCUGCUGGUUGAACUGGUUUUGAAACUCCAGCCCCAAGUAUACAGUCCUGGAGAUUAUAUUUGCAGAAAAGGAGAUAUCGGACGAGAGAUGUACAUUAUCAAAGAAGGCAAGCUGGCAGUAGUUGCUGAUGAUGGAAUUACCCAAUUUGUGGUCCUAAGUGAUGGUAGCUACUUUGGAGAAAUCAGCAUUCUUAAUAUCAAGGGUAGCAAAGCUGGGAAUCGAAGAACAGCCAAUAUUAAAAGUAUUGGAUACUCAGACUUGUUUUGUCUGUCUAAAGAUGAUCUCAUGGAGGCUUUAACAGAGUAUCCAGAUGCAAAGGCCAUGCUUGAAGAAAAAGGCAAGCAAAUCCUAAUGAAAGAUGGGUUGCUGGACAUUGAAAUUGCAAACUUAGGAAGCGAUCCUAAAGAUCUGGAAGAGAAGGUCGCCUACAUGGAACGUGCUAUGGACAGGUUACAAACAAAGUUUGCCAGGUUGUUGGCUGAGUAUGAAGGUGCACAACAGAAAAUGAAAAAAAGACUUACACAAGUAGAGAAAAUACUGAAGCCGAUUAUGGAGGAAGAGUUUGCAGACUUAGAAGAAGCAGAUCCAUCCACAGAUAAACCUGAAUCGUCAAAAGCAGAAUAAAAACAAUGGAAGUUGCCAAUGAGACUGAGGGUCAAAUACUGACUGGGGUUGAAUACCUCAAUUUCUAAUCUUUGUAGUACCUGACUAUUAAUUAUAAAAAAAUAUUUGUCAAGACAAUGUCACUAAUCUCCCACAAGCAGUGCAUAUUUGGCAGUUUUGGGGCGGAAAAGGAAGAAUGGAGAAUGAGAAUUGGAGAAAACUUUGCUCUUGCACAAACAGGUGGUAUUACCUGCUAAUGCAUUUUUUACUCUCGGUACACUGCUCUACGGCAGAUGCACAUUCACUGUCAUAUACUGGCAAAUAUUGGAAGUUUUGCUGAUUGUUUUAAAAUAAUUUCUUUGUGUCUGCUUAUGGAAAGAAGGAAAGGUUUGGCAACAAUUUUAUUAUUUGAGGUCAUUAACCUUUAUAGUAAAUUUGUGUAUAUUUGUUUUAUAUAUAACCUUUAUAUAUAAUUUGUGAGCACAUUUAUAUAUCUAUUGAUUAACAUCAAAUUAAUUAAGUAUGGCUCAUACAUAUAACAAGAAUUAGAUAUAUCUACAAUGUAGAUGAUGGUACUGAAGGCUGUAAGACUUGGAAAAUACUAUUACUUCUUGGGUACACCUUGGCUGAUUCGUUGAAAUAUAAGUGGGCAGUUUGAAAUAGUCCUUUUUUCAGGAUAAUAUAUGCAAAGGCUGGAAUACAGAGAGGAGAAAAUAUAACUUUUUGUAAGCAGCAAUAAGAAAGAUAUAGAUGGUUCAUAGUCUAGUGUUCUUUUCACAAUAAUAAAAAAUAAUAUACAAAUAUACAAAUAAUAUACAAAUAAAAUACACAUUAAAGAUUGUUCUGUUUCAUAUAAUCAUGUGGCUGCAGAAAACAGACUAUCAAGUUUUGAAUAUUUGUAAUUAAAAAUGUUUAUGUCCCUAAUGUAACACUUGUUUGUGCUGGUAGAGUGCAAGGGGAAGACAUGGCAGCAACAGGCCAAAUAUUCCUCCUACAGCGUCUUCUGUAGAUGCUUUUGGGGGAAGAAUAUGACUGAAGAGUUUGGUUUUAUCCCACUGAUAGAGGAUUUCUUUCUUCAUAACUACUUCUGAUAUAAUCAAAUCUAUAGAUUCAUAUGUUAGAUCCAUUUCCAACUGCUUUAAGAUGCAUUAUCUUCUUGGAUUUCCCCCUAAUUUAUGCCUUUUUUAUUGGCAAAAAAGUGAUUUGCUCAGUUAUGGUCUCAGCUGAAUAUUUGCAGCUGGGUAUUUUCAGUAGAAUUUGAUCAUAGGAAUGUAACAUUAAGUUUGAUGAAAGGGAGUGAAGAGGGGGACUGUAAUGAGAAAAUGGAUAAUUCUCUCUUUAAGGAAAUUUGAUUAUUCUGAGCAACCAGACUGCCAAUCUUAAGAAAUACUUACGUACAUGUUACUGUCAGUAACAUCUCUACACUUGCAUUCUCUCCUUAAGGAAAUGGAAAUAAUAUAAAUUUGGUAUUUUUUAAAGUGCAUUGCUUUCUGGCUGUUUUAUUUUUUGUAAUGUUGAUGCUUUCCAGCAUGCCAGAGAUCUAGAAAUAACUGCUGAUUUACUGCAAGGAUGAAAUUUUCUGAAGUACUUAAUGCACAGGAUAUAUAUGGAAAACCAAGGGUAAAUAUAAAUACAAAAUGGCUGUUCAUGCCCUGUUGAUCCUGUGCUUUGAAUGAAAAAUGGUUUAAUUAGCUGAUAAGAGGAAAGGGUGUGCCAUCCUCUCUGUAAAGAUUCUAUCCCAGUACACAGGAACAAGGAUUAUUCUAGUAUUUAUCUAUACUGUGAGUGUUGGACUUUGCAAUCAGCAUUCUCCCAGCUCAGGUCUUGAAUAUAAUUUGCAAUCUGUAUGCCAGCAGCAACCUAUCCUAUAUGGCUACUAGGCACAUAGGAAGCACUCUUCUCCUUUGUUGAAGUGCUUAAGACCUUUUAUUAGAUAAAUGUGUGAUGUGAAGUUUUAAUUAAAAAAAAGACAGAUACCUAUUGUUAACUAUUUUUUUUCGGUAUUGAUCCUU